AUGGCACUCCUCAAAUUUGAAAAUAUGUUUGCUGUUGCUGUAUUGAUAUACAGCAUCCAAGCUCUCCAUCCUUCGAUAAUGGUAUCCGGGCAUAUCAUAAAAAAGCAAAAAUCAGAAACGGAUUAUAAAGCUCAAGGAGCUGCUGCAGCCGGAGAUGUAAUAGCAGCUACCGGUGGUAUUAUAGCCGCAGGAUCGUUGGCUACAGGCCCAUUUGCACCAGUUGUAGCGUCAAUUGGAGGAAUAACCGCUGCCUCUGGAGGUUUGAUAUCAGUGAUUUCAAGAGCAGCCGAUCAGUCGUGUCGUGAAUUUGGUUGUCAUAACAAUCGUUGCUGGUCUUAUUGCAGCAUAGGAAAUCAAUGGUGCUAUACAACCAAAACAUACUCUCAAAGUUAUGCAUAUGUAUCUUGUACACGCGACGAUGAAUGUAAUGGGUGUUGGAAAUGUGGAGGUCCGUGCACGGUGUGA